GGACUUACGGAGUUGCCUGAGCCCAAAAUUUGGGAACCGCGCUGGGCUACUAUCCCUGCUUGUUUUGUUGAGGAAGGAACAAGGGCUUGUAUAGAUGCCUUGACUUCUCUCUUUGGGAACCGUGUUGGGUUGUUGUCCCUGUUCGAUUGAGGGCUUACGAAGUGGCCUCAGAGAUUGGGAGCCGUCGAGGCUGUUAUCCCUGGAGAUUUGAGGGCUUAUAUGGUUGCGUCAACUUGUCGGAGCCUUGGCUGGAGAGCCUAUAUUCGCGAGGACUUAUGAAGUCGCCUCGGUUAUUGGGGCUCGAUUGAUGAGCGUGCAUUGUCGAGGGAUUACAGAACGACCUCGAAUUUUGGGAGCCGCUGGGGCGGUUAUCCCAGAAGCAUCAAGGACUUACAGAGCGGCCUUGGAAUUCGAUAGUAGGCUGAAGAGCCAAUGUUUGUGAGGACUUACGAAGUUGCCUCGGCUUAUAUCAGCGUUGAGCUUGGACUGUAAGACAUAUAAAUUGCUCCCAGGGAGAGUUUCGUGUUGAACCCUUUAUUGAUUUGAAAUGGCAGCCGUGAAUAGUUUACAGUGUACGGCCGAGGUUACUAUCAGUGACCCCGGAUUUCCAAUGCCCGUGAUGGUACAAAGUCUCCGUUUGGCGAGGGCUCAUUGUCUCCUUUACAGCAGCGCUGGGUCACUGGUAGUACCUCACCAAGUGGUGGACGUUCCAUAAUCUCAGAACUUUCGUGCCUUUUGGAGUGCUUAGUUUAUAAGAUCCGAGCCAGACUACAACGGUGAUGAUGUAGGACCCUUCAAAUUUUUUGGCCAUCUUCCCUCCCUCAUUGGGUUGGCUGGCUGUUCGUCGCCUGAGGACGUAGUCCCCUACUUGGAACUCCCGACCUCGGACUCGUGCAUCGUAAUAGCUCUUGAACUGACGUCUGUAGUUCUCCGACCUCAGGAAAGUGUUCUCCCUUCUUUCAUCAAUGAAUUUGAGGUCGAUUCGCAUGUUCUGCUCAUUUUGCUCGGGGUCGUAUGACAGGACCCGCGGGGUCGGGAUUGUGACCUCUAUACGGGCUUUGGCUUCAAAGCCAUAGCAGAGUGAAAAUGGAGUCUCACUCGUUGCUCUGCAGGGAGUUGUUCUGUAGGCCCACAGAAUGUUAUGGAUCUCUUCCACCCAGCCUCCGCCUUCGUCUGUGAGCUUCUUUUUUAAGCCCGCCAAGAUGGUGCGGUUGGCAUUUUCCACCUGCCCGUUGCACUGUGGGUAGGCAACGGAGGCUGCGGUGUGUUUGAUCCCCCAGCUGGCCAGCAUGUCCUGGAAGCUUUUGGCCUCGAAUUGAGUACCGUUAUCUGUGGUGAGCUGUUGUGGCACACCGAAGCGAGUGAGGAUAUUCUUAUGGACAAAUCUCCUGCACUACGCCUCGGUGAUGCUGGCCAAGGGUUCCGCUUCUAUCCAUUUGGUGAAAUAGUCAAUGGCGACUAUAAUCCACCUGUAGUUGCCGGUACCUCGGGGAAGCUGUCCCACGAGGUCUACGCCCCAUCAGGAAAAAGGGAUUGCUGUGUUAAUGGGGGCGUAGUUUACUGCGGGGCGUCCCGAGGCAUUCUGGAAUUGUUGCCACGCGUUGCAACUGUGGGCCAUCCGAGCGCAAUCCUUUGCCAUAGUGGUCCAGAAAUAUCCUUGUAGGAGGAGCUUUCUAGACAUAGUGUGGGGCCCCUGGUGUGCGGAGCAGACCCCGGCAUGCACCUCCUCCAUGGCUAGCUUGGCCUCGCUGUCGCUGAGGUAGCGUAGAAGCAUACCAUUGUAAGAUCUUUUAUAUCGCCGCUUAUUCCAGAUUCAGGUUCAGCCGAAAAUCAGCGACCUCCCUUCAGCUUGCAAAAUAUGACAUAUAUAGCCAUAUUAAGAGGUAUGAGUUCAUAAAUAUGUACUUGCGUUGGAGUGAAGAUGACAAGAACCAACUGAAUAAGUCAAUAUUGAGAAUGGUUGUGCUAAGAGACCACCAUUUUCCAGGUAUUGUGCUUUCGGCGUUUGAAGUGUUCAGGCGUAAGAAUGAAACAAUUCAUUUUAUAGGAGUACUUUCUAGUGUUUAGAAGCCGGUGUCAAAUAAAGCUGAAAUAAGGUAGCUCGACCCCAUUUUUUUAUCAGAUGAAUUGAUUUUCCUAGAGCAAGCCACCCACUCAACAUACGACGAUACAUGUUGCUCCUCUAGCAGAUUUAAGUGAAACAAAGAGCUAGUUUAUUGAGGCUAUAGGUUAACUCAAUAACUCUGACACCAUCCAUCCACUUUCAUUCAAAGAGUAAUUUGAAUACGCAGUAUCUAGAAGUUUAAUUUAUUUAUUUAGCUACUUUAUUGUGACUGGCUCACUAAGUGACAGCUUUGUAAAAUGGGAAGUGUAUUCAUCAUUUCCAACGCCACUUCGACACCUCGUCCAAGAAGUGUGUUACCAAUGCAUUUCAACAGUGUUUUUGACUAUGAUAUGAUGGAUGGUGGGUGACCCGAAUUUGACCCGUAUCUUUAGGCGGGAAAAUGACCUGAUUUUCCACUCCGCUUUGUAUAUAGUAAGAUUAGACAGACUCCAAAAUCUCAUUGAGCGAAAUGGGGUUAGAUGUUGGGUUUUUCUCUCAUUCUAAAUUGGACACUAAUCUUAGAAACCAAAGUUCUUAUCUUUAUAUAAAAAAUCUUAAAGAGUAUAUUAUAUUACGGAGUAUUAUGAUAUACAAAGUUUAAAAUCAAACAACUUUUAAAAAUCAAACAGAUAAUAAAAUAUUAUAUACUCAUGUACGUAGCUUUACAUUUUUAACAUUUUUAAGCAUAAUAAUAAAUAGCUAUUUUUAUCAAAGAGAACUGACUGGUAUACAAUUGUCUACCUCUACCCCCUUAUUGUAAUUGUCUUGUCGCUAAAAAACUCAUCCUAUACUCCCUCGGUCUCUUUCAUAUGAUAAUAUCUUAUUUCUAUCAUAUAAUCACUGGUUCAAUCACUUCAAUGAUUAACAUCGAUCACUGCUUGAUAGGAAAUCACAUAUAAUUGGCACAGUCACUGGUAUAUAUCAAUCACUUUGGUAUAAAAUCACAUAAAUGUGUAAUACUAAACACAUCGGCAUCAUUCUUGUACAAUGGGCAUGAAUGCCUAAUAUUUGGUAGAGUGAUACGAACCUGGGGUGAGGCUGGCCUGUGAAAGAUUAGUCUCUUUUCUGGAACUUCAGCCACAUCAUUGGAACAGUUUGUGUACAAUGAUAAAAUUAAUACUUGUGGAGUGGUGUAUAUAUAACACACCUUGAGCCUCGUAGAAAACCAUCAAAUUCCACUCUUUAUAUAGACAAUAAACGUACAGAAGCAUUAAAGAAGAGAAAAUUAAAUGCUUGGCUGAUUUAGUGUAACUGAAGUAUUUUUGGAGAUUUUUUGGGCGAAAUUUAUGCAUAUGUUUAUGAAUAUAUAUUACAAAGUAUCAUUUCAGAUCACAUACUUCGAUAUUACAAAAUCAUGGCCAAUUUUCAUGCAUAUUUUACUCAACCUUAUGCAAUUUGUGGCUGAUAUUUAGUAUAGUAUUAAUUGAUGUUCCGACCAAAUUUAUCUGCACAUAUUUUUGGCAAUGAGUUAAUUCUUAUAACCGAUGCCAAAGAUUGAACCUUGGGAAAACCAUCCAAUCCUACUUUUUUAUUUAGACAGUAAACCUACAUAAAUUUAUCAAGACUGCAAGAGAGAGAAAAAUGUUUGCCUAAUUGAGUGUAGCAGAACUAAUUUAGGAGUGAUUUGGACAAAGUUUAUUUUGGAAACUUAAGUUUUGUAUAUUUUAGAUAGGGUAAUUUAAGAUGACCUACUUGAAGUUACAAAAUUAAAGGCAGAUUACAGCAUAUUUUAACCAAAUUUAAAAUUUUGCAGCUGAUCAAUGCACAUCAAAUGCCAAGAUUUCUUGGACUGAAACUGGUUUUAUUUCACUUUUUAGUGUUUGUACAUAUCUGGUGUUCAUGUUUAUAACAUAACAUGUAGUACUUUGUAGCCAAAUACUUAUUCUUUUUCUUUUUGAAAACACACUUGUCAUUAUGACUCCAUUAAAAGUGGCAAUGACUAUAACACAUCAAAUGUUACUUAUUGAAUACAGUGAUGCCUAUCAACCAUAUUUUAUUGGUACUUAGGUUUGUCCAUCCCCAAAUGAUGGGAAAGGUUCACAAAGCGAACAGAAACCUUGAUAUCAGAAUGCCUUGAUAUCAGAAGUUACAAAAUUAAAGGCAGAUUACUGCAUAUUUUAACCAAAUUUAAAAUUUUGCAGCUGAUCAAUGCACAUCAAAUGCCUGCAUUUCUUGGAUUGAAAGUGGUUUUAUUUCACUUUUUAGUGUUUGUACAUAUCUGGUGUUCAUGUUUAUAACAUAACAUGUAGUAAUUUGUAGCCAAAUACUUAUUCUUUUUCUUUUUGAAAACACACUUGUCAUUAUGACUCCAUUAAAAGUGGCAAUGACUAUAACACAUCAAAUGUUACUUAUUGAAUACAGUGAUGCCUAUCAACCAUAUUUUAUUGGUACUUAGGUUUGUCCAUCCCCAAAUGAUGGGAAAGGUUCACAUAGCGAACAGAAACCUUGAUAUCAGAAAAUUGAACCAUGUGAUAGAAAAACCAUGGCACAGAAAAAACCUAUUGUACUUGAUAAAAAACAACCAUUGUCAAUAUCAAACUCAUCGAUUUUAUAUUAUCGGAAGUAAUCAGCCAUUUAAUCAAUCGGCUCUCUUUUAAUCUCAUGGGUCCUGCGUAUCUUGCUGCUUGAUCCCUGGGUCGCAUCAUCCUCUGCCUCAACUACUUCCCUCUUUCCAUUUGACUUGCUGGAUGGAGUGGUUUCUUCAUCCUAAAAAAUCAUCAUUUUAAACAAUGAUAUUUAAACUUUGAACACAUCUAAUGAGCUAUAUAUGCAUGUGUAUUUUAUAUCAAAUAGUUUUGUGUUUCUAUCAUAACAAACAUUUGAGUGCAGUUGGACCUCUAAGAUAUUAAACUCCACAUUUGAAUCAACCUCUUCCACAGUUUGAAAUUAAUGAUUUUGUAUUUAGAGGGGUCUAUCAUGAUCUUUAUGAAAACGUUUUUAAAACACUGUAAAUUGUUAUCUUACAUUAACAGUUACAUUGGUUCCUUGUGAUGGAAAUCCAGUGUCAUCAACAUCAUCUCCAGUGUCAUCCCGAAACUUUUGUAAAUAGUUGAAACUUUUGUCUUAAAGUAAACACAAUAAAUUAUGUAGUUGAGGUAGUCAAACCUUGAUAAGAUGCAAUGAUUUGAAUUUCUGCAAUUUUUCAGCAUCACUAAACAUCCUUUUAGCAUUAUAAUUCUUCCAUUUACUCUCAAUGUUGACUUCUCUGAUUUCUACCUUGAAUAACAGAGUCUUGUCGAGAAUCGAAUCAAAUUCUUUAGAUGGUGCAAGGCAAGUAUGCUACGAAUGGUGUCAUUCCAAUGGUAUAGAAAAAAGGACUUCCAAAUGCGUAUAAUACGCACAUGAAUCUUCCAUUCGAUUGAUCCAGGCAAGAUAUGUUGCAAGAACGUGCUUGAAGGAUUCAUGUUUUAUUAGAAUACGACUCCGAGUAGACGAACAAAGCAUUACAGGAAAAGCCCGUUAUUCUGGCAUCAUUACACAUGGAUUUGUCCUGGAUGAGAAAGGGCUCAAGAUGAGUAAGUCUUUGGGCAAUGUUGUUGAUCCCAUAACUGUAAUUGAAGGAGGGAAAAACGAAAAGGAAGCACCACCCUAUGGUGCUGAUGUUUUGAGACUAUGGGUUUCAAGUGUUGAUUAUACCGCAGAUGUACUGAUGGGCCCUCAAGUCCUCCGUCAAAUGUCUGAAAUGUACCGGAAAUUGCGAGGAACUUGGCGGUUUCUCUUGGCAAAUCUCCAUGACUGGAAUUUCGGCUAUGAAGUUCCAUACCGUGACCUUCCAAUCAUUGAUCAGCAUGCACUAUUUCAGCUUUCCUCCAUUGUGAAAAGCAUCAAAGAAAGCUAUGACAAUUAUCAGUUUUAUAAGAUUUAUCAGAUUGUUCAACGCUUUGCCAUUGUUGAUCUCUCCAACUUUUACUUUGAUGUAGCAACAGAUCGACUUUAUGUUGGUGGGAGUAGUAGUUUUGCAAGAAGAAGUUGUCAAACUGUCAAACUCAUUUACUUUCAAUUACACGGAUAAUUGCUCCAAUUUUACCCCAUCUGGCUGAGGAUGUCUGGCAGCAUCUUCCUUUCCCGAUAAUACUGAAGAUGGAAAUGUUGCCAAGUUUGUCUUCGAGUCGGGCUGGCCAAUAACAAAUGAGAAACAUCUUUCCUUCCCAGUGGAAGACAUCGAUGUAUGGGCCAAAGUUCUAGAGCUGAGAACUGAAGUGAACAAAGCACUCGAAGUUGCACGUGCUGGGAAGUUGAUCGGUGCCAGUUUAGAGGCAAUGGUCUAUCUGCACACUUCGGAUACCACACUUGCUGUACGGUUAAAGGAAGCAGCACAUGAACCCAAAAAUGAUGCUGAUGCAUUGCAUCGGAUCUUUAUAACAUCCCAGGUGGAGGUCCUUUCAUCUAUGGAAGAUGAACAGAUUGAAGGAAUACCAUACACAGGAGAGUAUGUUAUUCAAGGAGGAAGUAAAGUCUGGAUUGGCGUCUCCCCGGCAAAGGGAGAGAAAUGUGAAAGAUGCUGGAACUAUUCACCUCAAUUAGGUUCCUUUGAUGAUCAUCCUUCACUUUGCAGCCGAUGUCAUGAUGUCGUCACCAAAUAGGCAUCUCCCUGUGCUGAGUACACGGCAGAGGAAGUUACACAAGCCCUAGUGCAAUGAACAUGAGUGAUAUGGGGAUUAUACUGUGCUUCACAACGAAGCCCUUUUGCAAUUUUUUACUCCGUAUUAUUUAGGAAGCAGAAACAAUCUUGUCCCAAUUUUGAUUUAUGUAGUCUUACAAUGUUAUAUGUGGUCACUAAC